AUGCCCUGCUUUAAGGGCAUCGCGGUGAGCAUCCACGCCAAUGGCAACCCGCUCCCCGAGCACGGCAUCCAGAAGCAGUCCCGCGUGUCGCGGAUCAACUCGUACAUUCCCGUGCCGCAGCCCCAGCUCGCCGGCGACUCCAACAAACCCGAGCCCGCCAAGUUCGCCAUCUCCAUCACCCUGCUCACCCCGGGUCUCGCGAUACCGUACUCGGCUCCUAAGACGAGCCCGACGAACCCGUACCCGAAGCCCCAGCUCGUUGGGCCCUUACCCUCGAGCACCGGCGAGCAUGGCAAGUACCAUGGCAUCGUCACGCCCUACAUUCCCAUGACCAAUAGCGAGAACGAGACCAUCGCCGCCUACAUCUACUUCGAUGGUCGUGCCAAGGAGGAGGUCGCCACUCUGCUUCGCCCGGGCGAGGAAACAUGGGUCAACAGUCGCUGGGUGCAGGUCCCCGACGCCGAGGGCGGUGGCCUGGCCGAGCGCGAGUUCCUCUUCCGCGAGGUCGGCCUCGAACGCUGGCUGAACGGCCUCGAUCUUAAGGGACAUGAUGCCGCUGAGAAGCUAGAGCGCCGGAGGCAAAAGUUUGAGAAGCGCAGGAGACGGCAAAAGCAACAAUCUGGCGAGGGCGGAAGCAGCAGCAUGGAUAUCGAAGGCUCCUCCGACAAGCCGCGGGGUACGCUCCGCUACGGCGCCGACGAGAGCUCACCCGUUGAGGCUAUCUUUGACGAGGACUCUCUGUCUUCCUCGGACGACGACGACGAGCCGCCUGAGGCCACUGGUCAGAUCAAGGUGGCCAUGUUUCGCGUCAUUGCUUCGGGCGAGAUCAAGAAGGGCGAGUACUCGCCGCAAUUUGACGCCCACGACGACUCCGAGGCGGAGGAGGGCAAGGGCGACUCCAACGGAAUCGAUGCCGACGUGGAGCACACGACGAGCUUUGCGAAGCCGAAGACGCUCGACCCCAAGACGAUUAGCACGCAAACUGUUACUGGCAUUGACGGUCCCGACAAGCCGUAUGCUGUAUUUACUUUCUUUUACCGCGGCGAGCGCCAACUCCAGAAGAUGGGCGUCAUGGCCCCCCCCAAGCCCCAGACCACUUCCCCCGCCAUGAAGCGGCGGUCCGGCCAGGUGGACUUUUCGAGUCUCGGACCGCUCAAGACCAGCGGUACUGUGGGCUUCUCGACCUUCCGCGAUCGAGAAAGCCAACCGGGGAGGAGUCGCAAAACACGCAAGGGCAGCAACGGCCCCGCAGGAAGCAGGGCCAUGGACGCCGACAGUGAUGAUGACGACGAUGAUGAGGGCGGAAAUGAACUUCUAAUCAAGAUGGAGGAUGUUGACAGUAAGGACGACAAGUCUCAGCUCAAACCUGAAGACGCACAGUUCUCGAGCGAACUUGCCGAUAGUGUGAACCGUAUUCGGCUUAAGCGCGCCCACUCCGCCGACCCGGACGGCGUUUCCACCCCGCGCAAGUCGCCCUCCGCCGGCGUGACAACCCCCCCGAACGAAGCGACCACGCCCGGCGGCCUGGCCCCCCUCGGCAGCACGGCCGGUAUCUUUGGCAAAUCCUUGGCAGACGACGCCAACAUUGUUGGUAGUCCCCUCAAGAAGGCUCGUCCUAGCCUGGGUGCUGAUGUUGGUCUUGGAGGCGGCGAUCUCGGAGGAGGCCCCGGCGGUUCAGGCGCAGGAACCAAUUUCCCCUCGGCGCUCGGUGAUAUACUCGCCAAGGCUCAGGCUGCUCAGGCAAGCCAGAAUCAAGAGCGGGCUGAUGCGCCGCCGGUAAAGAUGGAGGAGGAGGAGUUGUAA